UUUCUUUCUGAGGAAUAAUGCGACCUAACUUAUGUCUUCCUUUAACUUCUACUUAUCCUGAAACUGCCUCUGUGGUGGAGACGAGGAAGGACCUGGAGUAGUUUAGGACCCAGCAGACAGUGGCAGGCGGCAGUUGUGUAGAUCGCUAAGAGGGUCCAGUCCGGUUUUAAUUCUGUUUCUAAUCUCUGCCACAGCAGUGCUUUCCCCCACAGCCCCAGCUCGGGCUCGGGCGCCUCUCUCUCUCUCCCUCCAGCCUGAUCCCCGGCAAAAACAUGUCACUGGCUUCCUCACAAUGGAAACCCUAGAGGGAAAAGUGGCCCCAGAUGCGCAAGCCUGAGGAUUCGGUACAAAGAGGUGCACAAAAUGAAGACCCUGAUGCGCCAUGGGCUGGCGGUGUGUUUAGUGCUCACCACCAUGUGCACCAGCUUGUUGCUCAUGUACAGCAGCAUCGGCGGCGGGGGCCAGAAAGAGCCGAGCCAGCAGCAGCAGCAGGUGGCGGUGGCGGCCAGUGGGAAGCCGGAGACCAAGCAGCUGGGCAGCAGCCAGAGGCUGCCUGUGGGGGCUGGGCUCCUAGAGGGCUACAUCAGUGUCCUGGACAACAAGCCUUUGAAAAUGCACUGCAAGAGUUGUGCACUGGUAACCAGUUCUGGACACCUUUUGGGAAGCAAACAAGGCAACAGAAUCGACCAGACUGAGUGUGUAAUACGAAUGAACGAUGCACCCACUCGAGGUUAUGGAAAAGAUGUUGGAAACAAAACUAGCCUUCGAGUCAUUGCACAUUCUAGUAUCCAGAGAAUUCUGCGAAACCGCAAUGAACUGUUAAAUAUGAGUCAAGGUACUGUGUUUAUCUUCUGGGGUCCCAGCAGCUAUAUGAGACGAGAUGGAAAAGGUUUGGUUUAUAAUAAUCUGCAAUUGAUGAAUCAGAUACUACCUCAAUUAAAAGUAUAUAUGGUUUCUCGGCACAAGAUGCUUCAAUUUGACGACCUCUUCAAAUGGGAAACUGGCAAAGACAGGAAGAUAUCCAACACUUGGCUUAGCACAGGAUGGUUCACAAUGACUAUCGCAUUAGAACUCUGUGACAGGAUAAAUGUUUAUGGCAUGGUGCCACCAGAUUUCUGCAGGGAUCCUAAUCAUUCUUCAGUACCUUAUCAUUAUUAUGAACCUUUGGGACCUGAUGAAUGUACAAUGUACAUUUCACACGAGCGGGGACGAAAGGGCAGCCAUCAUCGUUUUAUCACAGAGAAACGAGUGUUUGAGAACUGGGCACGGAUAUUCAAUAUUCACUUUUUUCAACCAGACUGGAAACCAGAAUCACUUACGAUAAAUCACCUGGAGAUUAAACCCGUGUUCUGAGGAAUGAAUGCACAAGACCGCAAUCACAAUCACCUACUGUAUCAGGCUUUAGGGUAUUGAACCUCACAGAAGAGCAAGGCAAUCUAAAAAAGCAAGCUUAACAGGAUCUGUGGGUGGAAACCGCUACAAUAUUCAGGAAGUUCUUGCGAAGGAAUACAUAAAAGGACAUUUUGUAUCCAAUUGUGUUAUAAUCCAAUAAUUAACGUUGUCCAGCCAGCUCACCUCCUGUAUAAGUAUGUGAUCUGUAAAAAGCAACUUGACUAUCAUUAAUGGGAUGUUUAAUUCAUUAUAGUUUUUUAAAGCACGUUGCCACUGAAUUUUCAUAGUGAAAACGUAAAAUACUUAUUUAAUGGAGGUUUUUAUGCAGGCUAGGCUAGUAUUUUUCUAAUUCACAAGUAUGUGAUUAUCUUUCAUAAGCCUUCAAAUCCAAAAUGUAUUGCUAGUCGUAUAGAAAGGCCUAGCUUCUUGUUUAUAAGUUUUCCCUUUGAAAAAUAUGAUUCUGUUGAGCAUGUAAUUAAUAUUUGAUCUGGAAAUGUUGUAUUUCUUUUUAAAUGGCUGGGCUUUACUCCAAGGUAGAGUCUUUAUCGGAAAGAAAAUUCCCAUGUGAAGAUCGUGUGUGAGAUGCUACCGUCUGACAUUUCACAUUAAUAUGAAAAUGGCAAAGAAUAUUCCUUUUGAUGUAAAUGUGCACUUGCAGCUAUGAUGUCAGGCUACUCUUUCUUAAUGGAGACGGGGUAGAGGGCAGGGCAAGGUUUACUAGAUUGUAUCCUGGGAUAUCGCCACCAUCUGUGGCACUGUGCAUAUAAUUAAGACUGAGAAAUGAGAGGGGCCACUUCAAGAGGUCAGAGGACUCUCAGUAACUCCAUUAUUCUGUUUGGCCUUUUAUACUUCCCACUAACUCUGUAAUCCUCCUAUUUCCAGCUGCAAUCUGCAGACAGCCCGCAAUGGAUAGAGGGCUGGUCUACACUACGGGGGAAAAUUGAUCUUAGAUACGCAACUUCAGCUACGUGAAUAACGUAGCUGAAGUCGAAGUAUCUAAGAUCGAAUUACUCACCGUCCUCACGGCGCGGGAUCGAUGUCCACGGCUCCCCGUCGAUUCUGCAACUCCAUUUGGGUUGGUGGAGUUACGGAAUCGAUAUAAGCGCGUUCGGGGAACGAUAUAUCGUGUCUAGAUGAGACACGAUAUAUCGAUCCCCGAGCAAUCAAUUGCUACCCGCCAAUACGGCGGGUAGUGAAGAUGUACCCUAAGAGUAUAUGAACUGAUGCCUUCCCCUACGAUAAGUACUUAUGUGAUGUUCCUAAGUCUACACCAACCAGCAGAAUAGAAAUCAGAUGGCAUCAGUCACGUGAGAUACAAUGUUGCCAUUCCAAACUCUCUCCCAUCCAGUCCCCCAGUAACUUUCUUCUCAUAGAUCCUGGGUCACAGAGAGGUUAGGAGCCUGAGCGGCUUGAGCUCAGUGGUUCUGGGACUGUCCCCUUAAAGACAAAAAGUAGCAGAACAUGGCAGGUUCUUCACGAUGCACAUGUGGCUAGUUCCUGUGAAUUACAGGGGUGGACACUAAUAGUUCGAUAUAUGGAAAUUUACAGUGGGUCUUAUUCAAUUAUAAUGGCUUGUGCAUAAAGAUGGAUUUCAUUUCUGGUGUUUUGUCCUUUCACCUCGCAACUACUAAAACUCAAUCACUUCUUCAAAGUAAUUGCAGGGAAUAAUUUAUUUAUUACAUGAGUGCUGUAAUUCAGGCUAUAAAGCUACUUCAUUGUACAAAGAGUGAAACCAAAGCUAUUGUUAAUGGUUGAUCUUAAAAUGUCAAAAGUCAGGAAGCUCAAAAGUGAGGUGUAGUACACCGCGGCAGUGGCACACAGUUUGCCCAAAUUCACACCUGAUGGGAGUAGCUACACCCCCUGUGGAAAUCUCUGCAUCGUACUCAGCCAGGACAUAACCAGUGGUGGCACUUGGUUAGAAAAUGGGUGUAAUGGGUCAUAUAGCAUAAUUUGCACCAAUUUAAGAUUCUGAGAGAAUCUAAACUGUAACUGCAAAGAGGUGGAAGGGAUGCAGCAAGUAGGAUAAAGCAGUCCUUCUACUUUGUCUCAGUUGGUAUUUUCCCCCCUGCUACGUACCCCUUCUGUCUGCAACCGCCUGAAUGCAAAAUUAGUACACGUUACACUACUUGGCCAAUUAUUUAACCCCAUGCACUGGCCAAUUUCCAGCUGAUGUUUAAUUUCCACCAUUUAGGGAAGGAGUUCUCAAACUUCAUUGCACCAUGACCCUCUUCUGACAACAAAAAUUACUACAUACCCCGCAUAAGGGGGGAUCAAAGCUUAAGCCCUGCUGCCCCGGAUGUGGGGGCCAAAC